AAAUAUGAAACAGACCCCACUAAAUAAACACGGUAUACGUUAUCCUAAGAAAUCUUUUAUUCAAUGAACUUGUCGGCGCAAGAAUAUCUAACUUAAUCUAGGGCCAAACCAAAAGGAAAUCGAUACUCGACAAAGGGCCGGAAUAAUAGCCGGCGUUUUAGCGUUGUUUUUAUUAUUUUUCGAAAAUGAGUCAAAUUGAGUCAGUCCAAGAGAGCUUGACUCCAGUGAUCAAUGAAGAUAAGAAAAGCAUUCAAGAGGAAGAACGUGAAAAGAUUCUAAAUGUCGAAAACGAACAGAAAAACACUAAAGAAAUGAUGGAAGAAAAGAAGCUCAAAGAAGGAAUGGAGGUGAAACCUAAAAAAAUCCCAAUUGGAGGAAUUCAAAUGCCUGGAUUUUUCACCAGGAGCAAGUCAAAAGAACAGUGCAAGGAAGAUGAUCAAAUUGAAGGAACUGAGCUGAUUGAACAAGACAACGAGAAGAAGGAAGAAUCGGCUCCAGUUCAGACCAGAAUUAAAUUGCCCAAUCCAUUUAAGAAAAAUAAGGAAACUGAAGAAGAUGAGAAAACUGCCGAGCCGAAAGACAGAUUAAAACUUCUCGACACAAUUCGAGUUCCCCUAGUUUCGGUGUUUGAACGGAUGAAAAAGAACACGGAGUCGCAAAACUUAACCAAGCACCAGGUACAGGCGGAAUUAGCGUCUAUGGAGACUUUAGACGAGAAGAGCAAUGAUGAAAAAGACCAUGGAGAGCUAAAAAAUGUUCCACUGGAUGACAAAAGCCCCAAAGACAUCGAAAAACAACAGGAACCUCAAAGAACGUGGAGUCAAAAAUUGAAAGACUACCGGCUAGUUAUCGCUGGAUUGCUGCUGUUUCUUUUCGUCAUUAUCUUCAUAAUAAUAUUUGCUACAAGCGGUAAGAAGCAAUACUUGAAAACUCCUCCAUUGAGGGACGGGAAGUUUAUUGAGACUACUACAAGUUGUGGCAAAGUCGAAGGUAAAAUGGAGGAUAGCGCAUAUGCGUUCCGAGGAAUUCCAUAUGCGCGACCCCCUGUGAACGAUUUGAGGUUUAAAUAUGCAAAGCCUUUGAAUCAAAUUGGUUACUGCUGGAAUGGAACCUUGUUAGCGCAUAAUGCCACACCCACAUGCAUGCAGAUGCUAUCUAACGGAACAGUCAUAGGUAUCGAAGAUUGUCUGACAUUAGACAUUGUUACCCCUGCAGUAAAAUACGACAACCCCUUGCCUGUCAUAGUACUAAUUGGAGCAGACAGUUUUAACGGGGGAUCGCCCGGGAAAAUGAGACCUUCGGCUCGAUAUGCCAGGUCUAGAGAUGUUGUUUUUGUUCGCCCGAAUUUCAGGCUUGGUGUGUUAGGAUUCCUUUCCCAUGACAUAUUGAGCAAGGCUGAUUAUCCACACACAUCAGGCAAUUAUGGCCUUUCAGACAUUUUGCUGGCUCUCAACUGGAUUCAGCUGAACAUUCAACACUUUGGCGGGGACAAAGAUUCUGUUACGCUGUUCGGCCACAAAGCUGGAGCAACUAUAGUUACGGCUCUCACGACUAUCCAUAACGCGAACAAAUAUUUCACUAGAGCCUGGGCUUCGUCUGGGGGAGCCAUUUAUCCUAGUGAAACUCGUGAAAAAGCGGAACUUCACAACAUGCCUCUACAUCUAAAAUGUGAAACAAUAGAAUGUCUGAGGACAGAGGAUCCAGAAAAAUUAAUGAAAGCAGUUCCCCAUACGUGGAUCAAGCCCCAACCUGACUUGCCAGGCAGAGAUGAAACUUCAACUAAACGACAUCAGUGGCUGGUCAUUGAUGGCAUAAUACUUCGGGAAAGUCCUAGGGACGUUUGGCUUCGUUCCAAAAAGCGUUCAGCGGAGGUAGAUGCCGCAGUUAAAGUAGACCUAGUAAUCGGUUCAACCGCUCAAGCCGGAAGUUCAGAGCUUUUGUUACUGAAAAAUUUAAACUGGACGGAAGGGUUUGUCAGGCACCACGUUAAAGAGUCUUAUAUUGGUGUGCAAAACAUGACUGAGCAAGUGCUGUCCAAAUACCCAAAAACGUAUCAAGGCCUUAGUGCCAUGAUAACCGAUAUUCGUAUCGUUUGUCCUUUGUAUGCCGUUUGGCGCGAAAUGCACAAUGUUCACUUUUACGUGGUGAAUCAGACUAGAGGUGACCCUCGAAUAGCAGAUAUCGAUUCAGAUAUUGACGCUAUUUUGGGCAGAUACGAACCCAAAACACCAGAGCAAAGACGGUAUUUUUCUGCAAUGCAAGGGAUGUUCUACCACUACGUUUGGCAUGGCAAAGUGGACAACAAGUUUUGGACUAAAAACGUUUUAAUCGUGGAUCAGGAUGUUUUGCCUCAACGUACUUAUAACUAUUGCGAUUUCUGGAUAUUGAAAAACUUUGUAUUGACUUUUGCAGCUAUGGAUUAGGGCAGUUUUCAUAUAAAAUACACUGACACUGCCUUAA